CUUAUAUAAUUCGAUGUGCAAUUUAAAGGUGAUAACUGCAAACAUUUCCACUGGUACGUUUUAAUCUUCAUAUUUACGAUCUCUGCUGUCGCCUGUUUGUGCGAGAUAGUUGAGAUGAGCAAACAACUCCUUCCUGAUUUUCCUCCGAGUCCUUUGGACAGUUAUAGGAAUCUGGCGAGUUUCGAUUGGCGCAAGCUGAAGCUCUUCAUAGAACCGGCCGAAAUCGUCGAAUACAAAAAUGAGAUUGUCGAACUUUUAAAAGGAAACCCCGCCUUCCAUCCGAAGAAGUUGGAAACUUUGGACGAUGUGCGACGAGACGCUUCGAUAAAGAUGCACGAGGGAUUCUACUUGCAGGAGUUCAAGUACUUGGGGAUGUUGGAUAACGUGAGGAAGAUGCAUGCUUUCAACGAGAUUAUCGUGUUGUGGGAUACCUCGUUCAGUGUGAAGAACUCGAUCAACAAUGCUAUGUACCCGAUCGUGAUCAGGGCUUUGGGUACGAAAAAGCAUAUAGGGAUGAUCGUGAAGGUGCUGCAAGGAGAACACUUUGGUUGUUUCUGUUUGACGGAGAUCGGGCACGGAUCGGACACAAAAAGGAUGAGGACGAGAGCGACGUACGACAAGGAGAGCAAAGGUUUCAUCAUGCACACUCCCGACUUUGAGGCCGCCAAAUGCUGGGCCGGUCUUCUGGGACAGACGGCCACCCAUGCUAUAGUCUACGCCCAACUCUACACGCCUGAUGGUACAUGCCAUGGUUUGCAUCAGUUCGUCGUGCAGAUCAGGGAUAUUGAAACGUUGCAACCGUUGCCUGGAAUCACCGUCGGCGAUAUGGGACCUAAGAUCGGCCUAAACGGAAUCGACAAUGGGUUCUUAUUGUUCAACAAUGUCCACGUCUCGAAAGAUGCUUUGCUGAACAAGAACGUAGAUGUUACUGAAGAAGGCGUUUACGUUAUAUCCUUAAAAGACCCGAGCAAACGUUUCGGAGCGUCGCUUGCCGCCAUCUCGGAAGGAAGGCUCAACAUCACGAAUCUCUGCAGCGCGUAUUUGAUUCAAGGCAUCACCAUAGCCGUGAGAUACGCGGCUGUUCGCAAGCAGUUUGGACCUAACGAUGACGAGGAAAUUUCCAUUUUUGAGUAUCAAACGCACCAACAUCGUUUAUUACCUUACUUGGCCGGAGCGUUCACGUUCAAGUUCUUCUCCUCGCACAUCUGCUUAGAACAGUAUACGAAUUAUGUCAACACCAUGAACGGGGAGCAGAGGAAGGAUGCUGUGGAUUACGGUUUCGAGAUGCACGGCAUCUCCUCGGCUUGCAAACCGGUGAUCAGCUGGUUCUUGAUGGAAGCUUUGAACGAGUUCAGACAAGCUUGUGCUGGACAUGGUUAUCUAAAAGCUGCUGGUAUUGGGGAACUGAGGAACGAUGCUGAUGCGAAUUGCACUUACGAAGGGGAGAAUCACGUGCUGAACCAGCAGACGAGCAAUUGGUUAUUGAAAUUCUGGCCGCAGAUCUUGGAAGGAAAGAUCAUCAAGGGACCUAUGGAAUCAAUUGAUUACCUUUCGCGCGGCAAAGAAAUUCUCGCAGAUAAAUUCGCUGUGGAUUCUGUGGAGCACAUCGUCAGACCUGAGUAUAUAUUGAGGAUGUACAAAUGGUUGGUUGUUUACUUGCUGAAGUCUUCGUACGAGAAAUACGAGAGAUCUCUGAAGGAAAGCAACGACGCUUUUUGGGCCAAGAACAACAAUCAAGUCUACUACGCUAGAAGUCUAUCAGUAGCUUACAUCAACCAUUACAUGUUGCACGUUUUCUUGAAGAGAAUAAACGAGGCAGAAGAUCCCAAGGUUAGAAACGUGCUGGAAAGACUUUUCGCUUUAUACGGACUAUUCACUUUAGAGAGAAGUUUAGGUCAUCUCUAUAAAGGCGGAUUCUUCGUUGGUGAAAAACCGGCGACUUUGAUUCAGGACGCCGUGCUGAAGCUAUGUGAGGAUUUGAAGAACGACGCAGUGUCUUUGAUCGAUUGCAUCGCACCGGACGAUUUCCUCAUCAAUUCUUUCAUGGGGAAAUCCGAUGGAAAAGUUUACGAGCAUCUGCAGAACGAGUUGAUGGGCGGAGAGGGGAACAUGUCAAAGCCGAAUUGGUGGAAGGAAGUCUUGCACUCAAAAUUAUAACUUUAUGCAGAAAGAGAGAUAUUGAAGGUAUCUAUUUAAUACUUUGACUAAUAUGUAAUAUUAUUUUUUUAGUUUCAACUUUUCAACAUUCUGUUAAAUCAAUCUAUUCAACAUUCGUUGCAGUUAUUUCCUAUUGUUCUCCCAAUAACAUUUCGCGAA